UCUAGUUUCUGUAACACCACCACCUCAGAGGCCAUGGAUACCAUUGGCGAAGCCCAACAAGUCCAGACCGGCAUGUCUAUUCACCGUCAUGUGUUACAAUGUGUUGUGUGACAAAUAUGCCACCCGACAAAUGUACGGCUAUUGUCCCUCAUGGGCCUUGAAUUGGGAGUACCGCAAAAAGGCCAUUCUCGAUGAGAUACGUCACUACUCGGCCGACAUCAUCAGUUUGCAGGAAAUCGAAACGGAGCAAUUCUAUAACUUUUUCCUGCCCGAACUCAAGAAUGAUGGCUAUGAGGGUAUCUUUUCGCCGAAGUCCAGAGCCAAGACAAUGUCCGAAGUGGAACGUAAAUAUGUGGAUGGUUGCGCUAUAUUUUUUAGGACCUUAAAAUUCUCUCUCAUCAAAGAGCAUUUGAUUGAAUUCAAUCAACUGGCCAUGGCCAAUGCAGAAGGAUCUGACAACAUGUUGAAUCGUGUUAUGCCCAAGGACAAUAUUGGUCUGGCCGCUUUGUUGAAGGUCAAGGAUAAUGCCUGGGAUCCCGAGCUGGAUGUAACCCAAACCUCGCAGGCGUUGUUGGUGUGCACGGCCCACAUCCAUUGGGAUCCGGAGUUCUGUGAUGUCAAACUAAUUCAGACCAUGAUGUUGAGCAACGAGUUGAAGACGAUAAUUGACGAGGCCAGUCAUAGUUUUAGACCUGGCCAUAAGAAUGACUUGAACAGUGUACAGCUGUUGUUGUGUGGCGAUUUCAAUUCCCUACCCGAUUCGGGUGUGGUGGAAUUCUUGAGCAAGGGUCGCGUCAAUAUGGACCACAGCGAUUUCAAGGAUAUGGGCUACAAAUCGUGCCUGCAACGUUUACUCUCGAAUGACACCUCAGAAUUUACGCAUUCCUUUAAGUUGGCCUCGGCCUACAGCGAGGACAUAAUGCCCUAUACGAAUUACACGUUCGAUUUCAAAGGCAUCAUCGAUUAUAUUUUCUAUACCAAGACGGGCAUGGUGCCGCUGGGCCUGUUGGGGCCCAUAUCCAAUGAAUGGCUGCGUGAGAACAAAGUUGUUGGCUGUCCGCAUCCACACAUACCCUCCGAUCAUUUUCCACUGCUGGUGGAAUUGGAACUGAUGCAUACGGCAAGUCAACAAUUGCCACCAAAUGGUCUAAUUAGUCGGCGGUAGCAAUAAAACUUAUGUGACAAGACAACGUUAACAGCCUUUAGUAAUAGUAGCAAGAACAACAGCAACAUUAUCAACAACAACAACAAGAAUAACCAAAAUAUUAACAACAACAACAACCACCACCAGAAUAGCAGGGAGUACAUUUUACAAAAGCAACAACAACAACAAAAAACACAUUCAAUAGGAGAAUUACAAAAUGAUUCUGGUAAUCAAGUAAAAGCUGCCGUUGUCCAUUUUUUAGAAACUCAUAUCGCCGUCGCCUUUAUCAUUUUCUUCGUUAACGAUGUUGUCGUUAUUAUCAUCAUCGUCGUCUACGUCUACGUCGUCGUUGCCGUCAUCAACAACAUUAAACAAAAACAAACAACAACAAAAAUAAUAAUAAUAAUAUUAAAAUUAUUAUUAAAAACAACCACCUUCAACACAAGGACCACAGGAACAAUCUUUAUAAAACUACAACAACAACAACUGAUGUCAUGAUCAUAAUGAAAGCCCACAACAAAAGAAAAACAAAAACAAAUAAACAUAAUUUAUUUUUUAAGUUUUUAAAAUUUAAUUAAUUAAAACAAAACAAAAAACACAAAAAGUAGCAAUUUAAACCAUUUUAUGUUUCCUAUCCUCUUUUUUUCCUUUCUCCCAAACCCCAGUCCUCCCCCCCCUCUCCCCUCUAUGUCUUUCAAGCACAAUCUUUGCAAUUAUUUAGUUUUCAUUAUUUUCCUUGCAUUUUCCCUCCCCCUUCCGUUUUUGUUUAAAUAGAUUUAUAUUUAUUGUCAUUGUAGCUAUAAUUUUAAGUCCAAUAAUUCUCCCAGCACGUUACGCUCCAAAAACCUGCUUAUUAUUAUUUUCUUUAUUCUUCGUAUUGUAUUGAUUGCGCUAUACUAUGUUCCGGUUAAACAAACAAACAACAACAACAACAAAACUGAACGAUUAAAGAGAUGUGUUUAGGUGUUAUAACAAAUUUUUAGGAAAGAAAGAAAACAAAAAAACAAACAAACAUUAAAAUAAAACAAACAACCACAAAAAACAAAACAAAUAAAUAUUUAAAGUAUAAAAAAUCAUUCUAUACAAA